AUGGAGUCGGAAAUCCGAUCUCAGAUACCCAACAUUGAUCAUGUCGUCUCUGAGUACACCGUGGGAUAUCUUAAUCACGCUUCAAAACUGUAUUUUUCGGAUGAGGAUGCAUCUGCUCAAUCACCACUAACAGAGGCAUUGGAGACUAUAACUACAUUGCUUGUUUCCGCAUCCGGGAAUUUUGACAAGCAAAAUGAGACCUCGAUCCGCGAUUUGGUUGAGAGGUUCAUUUCCAAGCUAAGUUCUGCUGAUGACGGGGAUGGCGAGAGACGACAAAGGCCCUUGGCGGCCAAAAAAUUGGAGCAGGCUAUCCAAGUCAGCUCGCAAAGGAAUGUGUCUUCCACAUUAGGAUUGACCAGCGGCGGAGUUGACCUAGAAGCUACUAAUGCGCGAAAGGUUGAAUCUAAGGUCGAUAAGAAGAAGCUUGAAAAGGCAGAGCGGAAGAUCCGUGCCAAACAGGACAAAAAAGUGAUGAAGAACGUCGAAUACGAGGCUUCGAGGCUCCUUGACCAACCGGACAGCACGCAAUCGUACGAGGAGUUCUUCAUGCAAGUCAAUCCACUUCAACUAGGCAAGGACUCGCAAACCAAAAGCAAAGACAUAAAGGUGGACAGCAUCGACGUGUCUAUCUCGGGCAAGCGUAUCCUAACUGAUACGUCGCUUACACUUGCGUACGGGAGAAGAUAUGGUCUAGUCGGUCAGAACGGUAUCGGUAAAUCGACUUUGCUGAGGGCACUGAGCAGAAGAGAAGUGGCAAUCCCCACACAUAUCUCCAUUCUCCAUGUUGAACAGGAGAUAAAUGGGGACGACACUCCUGCGUUGCAAGCCGUCCUCGAUGCCGAUGUUUGGCGGAAGCAUCUGCUGGCGGAGCAGGAAAAAAUAUCGAGAAAACUCGCAAAAUUGGAGACCGAGAGAAGCUCCAUGGCCGAUACCUCGAAAGAUGCUCUCAGACUUGACUCAGAGCGAGAAGGUCUGGAUACUACGUUGAGCGAUAUCCAUGCUAAGCUGGCCGAAAUGGAAUCAGACAAGGCAGAGCCUAGGGCUGCUAGUAUUCUUGCUGGCUUAGGUUUCUCUACAGAGCGGCAGCAGUAUCCGACAAAGACAUUCUCGGGCGGUUGGAGAAUGAGGUUAGCACUGGCGCGUGCCCUCUUCUGCGAGCCAGACUUACUACUUCUCGAUGAACCGUCCAAUAUGUUGGAUGUGCCUUCUAUUACCUUCUUGUCCAACUACCUACAAACAUAUCCGAGCACCGUACUGGUAGUCUCUCACGACAGAGCAUUCCUCAACGAAGUUGCUACUGAUAUCAUCCAUCAACAUUCAGAACGCUUAGACUACUACAAAGGAUCGAAUUUCGAUUCAUUCUACGCUACCAAGGAAGAGCGAAGAAAGAAUGCCAAGCGAGAGUAUGAGAAUCAGAUGGCACAGCGAGCUCAUCUACAGGCCUUCAUCGACAAAUUUCGCUACAACGCUGCUAAAUCAUCAGAAGCACAGUCCCGCAUCAAGAAGCUGGAAAAGAUGCCUCUUCUCGAGGCCCCGGAAGCCGAGUACACAGUGCAUUUCAAGUUUCCAGAUGUGGAAAAGCUGUCUCCUCCGAUCAUCCAGAUGACAAAUGUCGCGUUUGGCUACACUCCGGACAAGCUACUUCUUCGAAAUGUGGACCUGGACGUGCAGUUAGACUCUCGAAUCGGCAUUGUCGGACCCAACGGUGCUGGUAAGACCACAGUGCUCAAGCUCCUCAUCGGUGCACUACAACCAACCUCUGGUCUGAUUUCCCAGAAUCCACGACUACGCAUCGGCUUCUUCGCUCAGCAUCACGUCGAUGCAUUAGACAUGGCGACUUCGGCCGUAGGCUUCAUGUCUAAGAACUACCCUGGCAGAACUGACGAAGAGUAUCGUCGCCAUCUCGGCGCAUUUGGCAUCACCGGCAUGACCGGUCUUCAGAAGAUGGACUUGUUGUCAGGAGGUCAAAAGUCCCGUGUGGCAUUUGCAUGCCUCUCGCUUACCAAUCCGCACAUCCUCGUCCUUGAUGAGCCGUCCAACCAUCUCGAUAUAGAAGCUAUGGAUGCUCUAUCACUAGCUCUGAACCAGUUUGGAGGUGGCGUCCUUAUGGUCAGUCACGAUGUGACAAUGCUGCAAAAUGUCUGUACCAGCCUCUGGGUUUGUGAUAACGGGGUGGUGGAGAAAUUCCCGGGCGAUGUCAAGGCAUACAAAAAGAAGAUCACUGCCCAGGCGAAUGAGGCCGGCGUCGUCCAGAAACAAGUUUAG